UAUUAUUUUGGAUCUAAAGAUAACAUUAAUGAUUUCCUUAGGAAAAUCAAAAAUUUUGAAAACUACUCUAAUCUAAAUUAUCAUCAUCGCAUGAAACUUCAUGCAGAUAAAUUAGUUUUCGUGCAAAUAAAUUAACAGUUUCUGCUUGACCUUUUAUGGAAAGAUUAUACUAUGAUGACCUCUAAGCUAGCCGUCCAACAAGAGCCCAUAGAACAAAAGGGAUCGAACCGAGAAGUCAAGUCAUAUGAAUGCAUGGACUUCUACUCGCCUACAAUUGUUAAUUUGCAUAAAAAUAAUAUAUAGGACCAAACUACUCUGGCAGAACAGCCAAGCUUUUAAUUAUGUAUUCAUUAAUUAAUUUAAGAUUAAAUUCCUCCGAAAAUGAAAGGUAAUUGCAUUGAUAAUUCAUCAACGGCUAUUCUAUAUAUUCGACUCUUGAUUAAAAUAUUAAUAGGAAUUAAUUAGUGAUUACAUGUAACCUAAACCUGCUCCAAGAAGCUGCCAAGAAAGAAAGAAGAAUCGGCCGGGAACCUGUGUAUGAAAAUUGUGAAAAGAGCGUGUGAUAGCGAGAGGUUAUAAAUUUAUUGGAAACAGAUAUGGUUUGAUUCCUUUCAAUUCUCGUAUUCUAUUUCCAUUGAUGUUUCUAAAUUUGUCCUUACAUUGUUCACCAAUUGAACAUAAAUACCUGGCUGCAGGCUAGACAGAAAAUCGAACUCUCACACAAAAUCUACCACCCCAAUUGUCUGAAACCAUCAAAAGAUGAUGCAACCUGAGCUUCUUGAUCCGUCCUCAUGGCCAUUCUACAACGUUAUAGAUUCCACUUUUGACGAGCUUACCACGUUGGAUGGCUAUGGCUUCCCUUCAAUACUCACCACAACAGAGGAUUCCUCUGGACUUUCUUCAGACCCCUUUUCUUCAACCAUAUUCCAGGGUGAAUUUGUCCAAUAUCCAUUUUGCGAUAAUUCCCAACAGGUCAUGUUAGCCAUGAGAUCAAACUUGUCAACGGAGUUGAGGAUAUUAGAGAACAUUUUGAAUGAUGAUGAUGACAUUGUUCGUAUGGAUUAUAUUACAGGAGAGAGUGAAGGAAGUUUCAGUUUGGAACAAAUUUCCACUGAAGGAGAAGAUUUUUUGUGUCCUAGCCCCACAAUGAUAUCUGAAUCAUCACCAGAUAUAUCAUCUAAUCAACCACAUGUAACUCUGCCAGGAGAGGACAUGCAAAUCGACAACCUUCAGAGUGUCUAUCAUCUCCUUAAGGCUUAUGGAGAAGCCUUGGAAAAGGAUGAGAGAGAGCUUGCGCAGGUGAUUUUGAGACGCAUCAGUGAGAAAGUUUGCCCAAUUGGUGGAAGUUUAGAGCGUGUUGCUUUCUUCUUAUCCCAGGACAUUGAUCAGAAUCAAGGUGAUUAUCUGAAACUAGAGUCCUGUAAGAGUUUUGAGGCUGCGUUCCAGGCAUGCUACCAAAGCUUCCCGGAAGGGAAAUUCGCUCACUAUGCAGCAAACUCUGCGAUUCUUGAAGCUAUGCCAGAUGAUGCAAAAACGAUACACAUAGUGGACUUUCACAUGGGAGAAGGGGUUCAGUGGCCUCCAAUAAUGGAGGCGAUUGCAUGCCAAAGCAAAACAUUGAGAUUAACAUCAAUAAAAUGGGAGGAGAAUGUUCCUUCACCCUGGAGUUUUGAGGAAACCAAAAGGCGUCUCCAUAAGCACGCCAGAGUUCUGGGUUUGAAUUUGAAGGUGGAGGAGAUGGGAAUUGAGGAUUUGGUUAGUGAGACAAGGAAAAUGCAGAACAUGGAUGGCAGGGGAGAGUGGUUGGUUUUUAAUUGUAUGUUCUUGCUUCCUCACAUGGGGAUUAGCCGAAGCAGAACACUUGCAAUAGAGUUUCUAAAUGUAGCAAAGGAAUUGGUCUCUAGUUCUAUCAACCGUCGUACUAGCAACAGGGGUAUCAUUACUUUUGGCGAUGGAGAUGCUUGUGAAAAACUGAAACAUUGCUUGGGUUUUGGGUCAUUCUUUGAGGGGCAUGUGGAGCAUUACCAAGCCUUGUUAGAAUCAUUGAGAAUGAAUUUCCCACCUCAUCUUAAAGAAGCAAGAAUAGCUAUCGAGUGCCUCUUUGUGGCGCCUUAUAUAUCUCCUGUUUCUUGGCUCCAGAAGUGGGUGAAGAUGAGGGAAGGCUCCCAUCUUCAGGAAGAGCUUGGGUUGGAAGGUAGGAGACUGAGCCAAGAGAUAUUAGCAGAAGCAAAAGAAAUGGUGAAAGAAGGGGAAAGUUCAUAUGGAGUAAGGAUUGCAGGAGAGACUGGAAAUGAGAUGGUCUUGGAAUGGAAAGGGAUUACAAUGGCCAGAGUUUCAAUCUGGACAGAUAAAUAUUAAAUAUGCCGAGAUUACUUUCAUUGAUUAUUGGCAUAUUGUAUGUAUAGAUUGUUAUAACCCACAUAGCAUAAAGAAUAUUAAUGAUUUGACUGAGAAAUAAUUUAUUACAA